AUGGAUGGGAAUUUCGUCAUCGACAAGGUCGAAUUGGGAUCGGUCGCCAUCGACGAGGUGGAGCACGUCGAUCAGGCACCGCAAACUGUCACAUCGACCAAGCAAGUACCUCUGCUCCAUCUGUUCAAUCUUCGGAUCGAACUGGAUCUCAUGCGCCAUGUCGCCGAUCAUGCAUCGCUCCCAACAAAGCCCUUCUCGACCCCGAUCGUCUUCAGCGCGACCCGAAAUCGUCAGGCUCAGGGCAAUAUGGGGGACCUUUCCCUCCUUGUCACAGCUCCCAUUUCGACCUCCAUCUAUUCACAAAUGCGGUUCCUCUCCCUCAAUGCGUGGGAUCUACAACAUCCGAUCUGCGUGGCCUGGGCUCAGCGAACCUCGGGUCGAAACGUGACCAAACUCGUUCUCCGAGGACAAGCAAGUCUGUUGGACGCGUUAGUCCAGUUGGAGGGACAGGGUUUGGUGAAACUUGAUUCGACACUUUCAUUGCAAGGCCGGUCGAACGGAAGCGGCGGGGACGGCGACCACCUCUUGGUCCAGGUUCGAUUGACCGAGCAAUGGUAUCAAGCGACGUACGCGACCCCGGCGAAACAGCUCGUGAUUCAUGCGCUGUUCCCGGCUCAUUCCCGGACGAAUGACUUGGAGUCAGAGGCUAUGGAUCGGGAGGGAAGUGUGACUAGCGUCGACACAUUCUAUGCAGCUUUACAACGUGCACCCAAGACAAAAGAUGGCUUGAUCGUCCAGGACCAGAAGCUCGACGACUCAAUGCAGGAAACCGAAGAGGAGAGAGCUGUACAUGAACGACGGAUCGCCAAGGGCAAGGGGCGAGCAAUCGAUGUCGACGAUGACUGUCCGAACGGUUGGAGUCCCGAGGAAGAGGACGAGUUGUUGACGCCUCGAGGAUUGAACGCGACAUUGAUGCAGUUCCAGUCGAGAUCGGUUCGAUGGCUCCUAAGACGCGAAGGAGUCUACGUGCCACCUCGAUCGGUGACGUACAGGUCCAGGGCCGAGGUAUUGACGAACGGUGAUGGCGAUCAUAUGCAUGUCGACAGGGUGGACGACGAAGAGCUCGAGAAAGAUCUGGGAACGAUCGCACCGCUCCCAAUGGAUCAGCUGCGCCAAGUGGCGCGGAGUCCACUAUGGUGCAAGUGUCGACUUCCUGGCGUGGCGCAGGACUUGUGGGUCAAUCGAAUCAACUCGAGCAUCGUUGUUGAAGAUCCUGCGUUGUCACGCAUUGUCGACGACACUCUGCCCGCGGUAGCUCAUCCCAACGGCGCAACGGCUUCGGGGGCAACUAUUAGUGGGCCUUCGCUCGCAUUGGGAUCAGGUUUGCUGGCCGAAGAGGUCGGGCUGGGCAAGACCGUCGAAGUCAUUUCGCUCAUUCUCAUGCACAGGCGGAUGGAGCGCAACCUAUUGCCUCAUUACCAUGACCCAGCGACUGAAACGGACGUCUACCCCUCCUCGCUGUCGCUCAUCAUCUGUCCCCCCGUCUUGACCGGUCAAUGGGUCAAAGAGCUCGAACGCCACGCGCCUUCUCUCCGAGUCCUUCGCUACGAAGGAAUCAACAAGGUCCCCGUAAAUAAAACCGUUAAGGAUGUGAUUCGAUCCCACGAUAUCAUCUUGACGACUUACGACGUCUUGCGUCGCGAGAUUAACGUCGCUCGCAAGCCUCACCAGCGAUCCCUUCGAUCCGGUCCCCAGGGCCGACCCAAGUAUCGUCGCUCGCUCCUCGUUCAGAUAGAGUUCCUUCGCAUUAUUCUCGACGAAGCGCAGAUGUUAGGUGAUACAGCUUUGACCGCUUCCGAGACAGCCGGCUUGUUGCCAAGAUUAUUCUCGUUCGCCGUCACUUCGACGCCUCUCAGGGCUCGAUUGGACGAUCUUCAGGGGUUGUUGACGUUCCUCAAGAUCGAUCCGUUCGGCCCGGGUUCAUCCAAGGGGUAUCUGGCGAGGUUGUUGGAAGAGAAAGAGACGUUCAAGACUUUGUGGAACGAGAUUGGGACGAGGACGAUGAAGGCGCAGGUCGAGAAGGAGUUGGUCAUUCCGCCUCAAGAGAGGUUCGUCGUACCGUGUGACUUUAGUGCGGUCGAAGCGUGAGUUUCUUACGAUGUAGUUUCCUCGAGCUUGCGUGUGACCAUCUAGACUGACCCGAAAAUGGCACAUCACCCAGUUACUACUACAACACGCGUUACUCGGAGAUGCUCGAAUCGUUGCAACUCGAUCUCGACGGCACCCUCAAAGAUCCCACGACUCCUUGGGACCCGGACGCUUCCGAUCUCUCACGUUGGCUGGUCAGUCUCCGCCAACUCGCCAUCCACCCCCAAGUCGGGAUCCAAAACAAGCGCGGACUCGGCCACGUCCUCAAAUCCGUCGACGAGGUCUUGACGACGAUGCGUGCGAAUACAGUUUCGGCGCUCCACACCGACCAGCGAGUGUUGUUGCACGCUCGAAUGACGAGGGCUCAGUAUGGGAUGUAUGAUGCGGAGGACUGCGAGAGGUUCGAGAAGAGCUUGCUUCUUUUCGACCAUGUCGUUCGUGAUCUAGAGCCGGUGACCAAGGAGGUGAUUGAGCAGCUUCGACAGGCGUGGAUGGAUCGACCCAAGGCUGCCGCGGUGGGCUUGACGGCAGGAUCAGUGGCGAUCCCAGAAGAUCGGCAAAGCGAGGAGGAGGAGGCGGUGGAUGACGAAGUGGCCGAAGCGCUGGGACUGGGUCUGGAGGACGAAUACGAUUCCAGUGAUGAUGACGGUGACGAGCUUGCUUAUCAAGAUCACAAUACGGGUCUCGUCAAGCUCCGCGCCAAAACUGACAAGGAAAAACUCGCCAUCAAGACCCUCGGAUCUCUUCGCUCACGCCUGCGUGACUUGCUCUUCGUCAAGCAUUCGGCAUGGUUCUUCUCCGGGAACGCCUACUUCAACAUGGGCAAAUUCGCCGUUCAAGAAGCCGAAAUGUAUCAGAAAGCUGAGGAGCUGCGCUCAUCUAUUCUUCGUCCGUGGGAGAAACAAGUUGAACGCGCGACGGCGAGGUUACAGAGACAGAUCGAGGCGAGAGUCGAUUUAAAGGUUGAGGACCUCGAGGUCAAGUUCGCCAAAGUCGGGCCGGGGAUCAGUGCGCAGAACGCGUUUGAGGAGAUUGCGGUUACGACUGAUAUCAUAAAUGGAUGUGAGAAGACGUUAUUUUCAUUUCGACGUUACCAUAUCUCCAUGGAUGCUAAUGGGCGAUUUUGAGCCGUUGUCAUCAGGGGCUGAGUUGAUCUGGGAGUGGCGGGCGAUCAUCCUCAAGCUCAUGGAAAGACGUGUGUCUGUGGCUGGACAGGAUGCUACCGGUGAAGAAUACGCUCAACGCGCCGAGGAUCAAGAAAAGGUGGGUCCCAAGAGUAGCUCAUUCAAUCAGUUCCGAAAUCACUGAGCUGCACAUCUGUCUCGCAGGCGGACUGCUAUCUCGAACAAUAUACGAUCAUUCUUGAGCAAUGGCGAUCCGCCAUCACGGGCGAGCGCUCGGCCUUGGGAGAUCAACUCGAGCUUGAGAUCGCGGGUAAACAGAACCGUAACCGUAAGAUCGAGAGUCAAGGUGCGAAUCGAGCCAAGCGAGUCAAGGUCAGGCAAUUCGUCCCCAUCAAGGAUCGUCGCGUCCCGACUUUGGAGCAAGGCGAUACGCUGCGCGACAUCUUGACUUUUGAGCUUACGGUCGAGAGGCUGCAAGCUAAAGGCGACGGUAUGGAGGCGCAUGAAGUAGUCGGUUUGAAGCGGAUGAUCGGAAGGCUGAAGGACACUCGUGAUGCCGAGUAUGUGUCGGCCAAAGAGCGCGAGUUGCUCAUCAUCGACAUCGAUCGCCUGACGGCGGCGAUCAAACCCAAGGAGAAAGUCGCCGAUCGACUACGCCUUGAGCUGGGAGAGAUUACUCGCGCGAUGAACGUGCGCAUCCGUUACUUUACGCAACUGCAGGCCUUGUCCGACGCCGUUGCCGAUCCGGAUACAUAUCGACGUGGCUGGCGUGGGUAUUUGAGCGAGAUGGAGGCGCUGCGCGAACAGGAGCUCAAGGUGGAGGCGGAAAUUAGGCUCAAGCUAGCAUCGAGGAGGUACCUCGAUUCAUUGAAUGAGACGAGUGGACUCAAGGCCGACGUGAAUGAGACGACGUGUGUCAUUUGCAGUGAACCCUAUACCCGAGGAGGUAAGUACUGGCCUUGCUUGUUCCCUGGACGUUGCGCAGGCUGACGAGCGCUGCCUGCUGACAUGAAAGUACUCACGACGUGCGCCCACGUGUUUUGCGCGGUUUGUUUUGCUCGAUGGUGAGUUACAAGACUUCCCCCACAAUGUAGUAGGACGCUCAUCACAGAAUGGGCCAUUUCUACGCUAGGCGCACGCGAUCGAGGCAGUGCGCCGUCUGUAAGCGGGACCUGUCCCCGGGUCAGUGGCAGACGGUCCACUAUCGCAGCAAGGUCGUAGAACAACCUGCAGCCAAGCCGAAUGGCGAGCAUGCGAACGGGACGGUGGCGCCCAAGAAGCGUGCGAUCGACCAGGUCACUGAAGACGACGACGCUGCUUUGGACACGCUGAACAAGGUCGACAGUUUCGACGCAAUCAAGGAUUUGCGCUCGAUUCCCCACGAGCUCGCCCAAGCGAUCGAAGCCGUCGACACGUACCAACCACUCUCGACUAAAUCCGAUCUCCUCGUCAAGCAUGUCAAGUACAUUCGCAACGAGAACCCCAACGCCAAAGUCGUCGUCUUCUCUGCCUGGCAGGAGUCAUUGAUGAUUCUGAUGCAGGCUUUCGUGAGGAAUGGGAUCGAGUUCGUGUCGAUCGAUUCGAACAAGGGCAAAAAGGAGGCGCUGGUCAAGCGAUUUGUCGAGGAUCCACAUAUCGCAGCAUUCUUUCUGGUGAGCUGUUCGCGGCCCCGAAACCCAGUAGUCACCUUGCUGACGCUUCAAGCUGCAUGUGGGCAACAGAACACCAAGUCGCAGUCCGCUGGCCUUACCCUCACUUGCGCCCGUUACGUCUUCCUCGUCGAGCCCGUGCUGCACCCAUCUCUCGAGAUACAAGCCGUCGCUCGUGUCCAUCGCAUUGGCCAGACUGCGCGAACGGCUGUCUAUCAAUACUACGUCAGUGAUUCGGUCGAUCAACGUGUCGCUGAGUUGCGAGGUGUAAGUGAACAGUCUCCGAGCCUGUUGCCAUCGGGAAGCUUGCUAAUGGGACCGCUUGUGUCUUUUGUGAACAGCGCCAAGGCACUUCGCUCUUCCUCAAAUCGUCGCAUAGUAAUUCGGCGGCGAAGGAAUCGAAGCUGAACCAGAAGGAUCUGAGUACGAGAGGGACCAACAGUACCAAAAAUGUCGACGAAUCAGUAGAAGACCAAGUAUAUUAUGUCCAGAUUGAUCUCAUGGACAGUGUGAUGUAUCACUGAUGACCUCCAACUCCUACUUCACAGGACGACCUGAUCCGCUGCCUCUUCGCCCCGGAGCACUACCUCAACCUCCAGCGAAGCCUCCUCCCUCCUCAACUUCGCAACGAUGCGGACCGAGCCGCUCCGGUAGCCGACGAUGCCGAGAUCAAACGGAUGAGCAUUUCGGCGCAAGGACGGGCAGGCCAAGCGGCCCUGAAGAGGGCGAGGAUGAUUGAUCCGCUGGUCAACGGCGGGGAGGACGAAUGA